AUGAAGGAGUUCUCCACCGAGAAGGCACCAGAUAUCUCUAGAAGCCAGGUUGACAUCCCAAAGUCUCGACGUCUGCCAAACGGCUUCUCAGACCCCGUUUCCUUCACAUGCACCUGCCCAGCAUCCUCGAGCCCAGACGGUGGUCAAGUCCUCCUCUUCUACCGCUACUUCGCCGCCUCGCCCGCCUUACCAAAUACUCAAGUCUCGCAAGAAAAUUUAACAUCCCUCGAAUCCUUCCACACCAACCUCACCCAAAAACACUCCAUCGGCGGGAAAAUCCGCAUCGCACAAGAAGGCUUCAACAUAACCGUCGGUGGAACCAAGGAAAGUAUUUUCGCCUAUACACAAGCUUGUAUUGCGCACUGGUCAUUCUCCAAUCUCGAUCUAGACACAGCGCAGAAACAGCGCGAGUUCUUCAAGCCGACCCCAGGAGGCUGCUCCUGUGUCUUCGGCGGCGCGCCAGCGUCAGUUCGUGUCACGGCCGAAAUUACGCCCAUGGGUGUGACGAACUAUCUUCCUUCGUCUUGGGAUUCUAUUGAAGUGUUGACCCCAGAGGAGUUUCAUGAGAGAUGUCAUGCGGAGCCGAAUACGCUGCUGCUGGAUGUGAGGAAUCAUUAUGAGUCCCGGAUUGGAUAUUUUGUUGAUCCGAGGACGGGGGAGCCGGCGCUGCGACCGCAGAUUAGGCGCUUUAGUCAGUGGCCGCAGUAUGUUAAUCGGCGGAUGGUGGGGGAGGAGAAGGGAGAGAGACAGAUUUUGACCUUUUGUACGGGUGGCAUUAGGUGUGAGAAGGGAGCGAGGUUUCUACAGGAGAGGACGGGGGAUAGGGUUGCUACGCUUAAGGGGGGAAUUGCGGGGUAUUUGAUGUGGAUGGAUGAGGAGAUUGAACAGGGGAGGAAAAGACCAGAAGAGAGUUUGUUCAAGGGACGGAACUUCGUGUUUGAUGCGAGAGGCUCGACGACCUUGGAGGAAGAUGACAAGAUUGAGCCUGUGGCGAAAUGCCAUGUUUGCACGAAUUCUUCGGAUAGGUUGGGCAAGUGUCGUUCCAAGGGCUGUCAUUUGGUUCUAGUUGUCUGUGCUGCUUGCGAGCUUUCAGAUGAUCCGAGAUGUUGUCAGAGCUGUCUUGAUAUGGAUGUUCUCGCCCAAGCAGAUGGGAACCCGGAUACGAACUCUAGAUCCAGGCCAAUUUGUUCUUGUGAGAAGGAGCGGGAAGCAAAUUUGUGGGGAGAGUACGUGAAGCUUCCAAAACAACAGAAGACGAGAAAGGGGACUCGGAAGGGACUUCGGGAUGGCGUGAAUAUGAAUAUUCAAGUCCAGUCACUGGAUUCAUCGAUGGGAAUCCCCAAUGAGCUGAAGGCCGCGUUUGGAGUUAAUGUCCAAGCAACGUAA